UCGACUCGAGCCACUAUAUAUUUCUUCUCUCCGAGAAACUAGACAUUAUUUUGUUCGAGGUGAGAUAGUAAAUUUAAUUAUUAAACGUUGUAAGUUGUACUUGAGAAUUUUAGUGCAGUUUGUUCGUUGAUAAAAUCAGUUGUUGAGUUACCUAAUCUAGUACAACAGGCACGAGAAUAAUUAACCAGACACUGGUGCACUUCGUGGUUGUGUGCCGACAUUCUUGUAGGUUGUACCUCAAAAAAUCAUCAAAUAAGUAAUUAGCUCACGGUAUAACCUAGUGACAUAGUGACAACCAGCAAAGAGCUCGUCACUUCCUGCAGCCCGUUAACAGAACUCAGUCCAGGUAGUGUGAAGUGGCAGCAGCGCAGCGGCCGAGCAGCACUUUUUGCUCAAAACAGUUUACUAAGAAUACGUAUAUACACUUUACAUACGUGUCCAAGCAAACCGGCGACGCUAUAUUACAUUCAUAUAGGUGGGUAGUUUUCAGUAUCAGUCAGAGAGCCCAGCCUUAAGGCAGUGCACCUUAUCCCGUCUUCCCCUUGGAUUUUGAACUUCCACAAUGGCCAAGGUACAAGUUGCAAACGUUACGGUGCUCGACAACCCCUCGCAAUUCUGUAAUCCAAUACAGUUUGAGAUCACGUUCGAGUGCAUCGAGGAGUUAAAAGAAGACCUCGAAUGGAAAAUGAUUUACGUUGGAUGUGCCGAAUCAGAAGAGUUUGAUCAAAUUCUUGAUACAAUCUACGUUGGUCCUAUUCCUGAAGGAAGGCACAUGUUUGUGUUCCAAGCUGAUCCACCGGACACGAGUAGAAUUCCUGUAAAUGACGCUCUCGGUGUCACUGUAGUUUUAUUGACUUGUUCAUAUCGUAAGCAAGAAUUUGUGAGAGUUGGAUAUUUCAUCAACAACGAGUACAGUGAACAAGAAUUGAGAGAAAAUCCACCUCCACAGCCCCAAUUUGAUAAAGUGAUAAGAAACAUUUUGGCUGACAAGCCGCGUGUCACUAGAUUCAAAAUUAACUGGGAUGAUGGGUCAAACUCGUUAGGAACCAAUAUUACUGAAGGUAUAGAGGCACAGUCUACUGUGGAAGAAAGUACGCAAGAUGUUCCUUCAGCUUUUACGGAAAACACGCAGAACAGUAUGGAAGUGAUGUAAUUAAUUUUUUUCCUUAUUAUUUAAAUGAUUACAAAGUUCUUUUCAUUACCUAUGUUCAUUUCUCAUCUGUUUGCAAAUGAAUGUAUUCCUAGCAAAUGUGGCUUGGAUUUGUGAUAAUAAUUUCUCGUUUGUUAGACUUUAUUAUUGCCACUUACGCUAUAUCAUAGUCAUUAAAAAUUUAAUUUAUAAAUUCUAUGUUUAUCAAUGAAUUGACUACAAAGUAUUCAAAUUAAUUAAGGUUCAAGCUUUGAAAACAAUUUAUUCUUUUCUCAAAAAUUCUUAUUGUCUAUGUUUAAUCUGUAGUGCCGAUACUUAUUUACGCACAAAAUUUCUUUAACAAUUUUAUUUAUCUCUUUGAUAUUAAUCAAGUAAAUUGGAAAUGUAUUUUAAUGAUAUAAUUAGUAUCUCCUAUGUCCACUUUGAUGUUCAUCAUAGUUCAUGUAUAUAUUAUAUAUAUAGAUAUAAAAAUAAAAAUGUUUUCUACUUUA